AUUUGUUUGUUUGUAUCAUAUGUCCACAAAGGUUUACUGCAGCGCUGUGUUUGAAUCCUGUCAUUCUGGUCUGUUUUUAGGCCCUAAAAGCCUCCUUUCUAAAACGCAUCGUCUGCUCUUCUUUGCCCUCAGCUCCUCUCUGUAAAGGGGAUCAUCAGGAAUAAACAUCCAAACCGGGCUGCUGGGCCUCAUUCCUGCUGCGGAUAACUAGCAGAUUUUACUCGGAAUUACCUGCAGAGCUGAAUCUACGGAAGUCUGGGUUCAUGCCGGAUUUCGAGCACUUCAGAUUUUCCUAUUCGAGCAUGAAUCCGGUCCUGGGGGAGAGCGGCCUCCUGGCUCCGCAGCAGCAUCACCACCAGAUGACGGGCCAAGCCGACUCCGCCAUCCCGGAGCCGGGAUACUUCCUGGGGGAGCACGGCGGCUUCGGGCCGGAUGGUUUGUUCGGGUUGGAUCUGGGCGCGCUGCCGUCGUCCGGCCUCGCCUACCUGCACCUGAGCAGCUCCCUGCACCGGGUCCCACCGGCCGCCACGGCGCUGCGCAACGACCUGGGAUCCAACAUCAACGUGCUGAAGACCCUGAACCUGCGCUUCCGCUGCUUCCUGGCCAAAGUGCACGAACUGGAGCGCAGGAACAAGGUGCUGGAGAAGCAGCUGCAGCAGGCCCUGGAGGACAACAGCGGAGGAGAUCCACACCAGAAGCCGGUGACCAAAGACAUGGGGGUCCAGACCGGAUUCAUCGGUCCGAUCUCGCCCAGACCGGGCUACAUGCCGCUCCAUAACGCCAACAACCCGGCCUACCUGACCGGCGGCCUCCUCUCUCCCACCCUCAACCCUCCUCCUCUGUUCCACAACAAAUACCUGCUGGGGAACAACCUGAACACGGACUCCAACUCCAACCUCACCACCAGCCCGGUUCUGAGUCCCAGCGACCCGACCAGAACCAUCAGCAACAUCAACGAGAAGCUCUCCGCUCACACCGGAACCCGCACCAGCAAUGGGCCUCCUCCUCCGCGCUUCCUCCCCGGAACCAUCUGGUCCUUCAACCACACCCGGAGGUUCGGCACCGGCAGGGAGUCGUGCGUCACGGGACCCGGAGUGUCCUGGACGCACCCGGACGGCGUCGGAGUCCAGAUCGACACCAUCACACCGGAGAUCAGGGCGCUGUACAACGUGCUGGCCAAGGUGAAGAGAGAGAGGGACGAGUACAAGAGGAGAUGGGAAGAAGAAUACACGGCCAGGAUGAACGUUUCUCUGUUUUUUAAGACGCGAUGA